GGUCCUGCCAUCUGUCAGAGCGAAGCCGGAUCGCAUAAAUAUUCUCCUAGUUUUAGGUUGUUUGGGUUUCGGAAUGUCAAUUUGAACAGUUCGGUCACUUUUCCAAUAGAUGUCGCGGGAUGAUGUACUGUUAUCUGGUUUUUCUAAUAAUUAUUAUUUUUUAUAUAUGCUUUAUUUUUUUUAAGUUUAUUUGUAUUGAUUUUUCUUAUACCAUUAAUAACAAACUGUUACUCUUUAGUGUGAGAUUAUUUUGUCACAAUAAUAUUAUUUUAAUCUGAAAUGACAGCUGGACAGAUGUCAUUAUUUUAUUGCCUGUGAAUGUCACCUGGGUUUACUUGCUCGAAAGUGCUUGUAAGUUUGUUUUUAAACAAUGUUGACAAUUUAACGUGAAUUUAUUUACAUAUUGGCUUAACAUAUCUACUCACCGCCUACGGUUAAUGAGACAAUGAAUAUGAAUUUGUCUACAUUCAGUUACUGGGCCCUGGAACCUCAUUUCAUGGAAAACCCAACCAUCACAGCAAUAGAAGAUAAAUCGAAAUUUUUCUCGGCAAUGUGUCUCAUGAACUCUCGACAAGAUCCUCCGAUUUUCAAUACCAAGCUUGAUAAUCCAGUUUAUAAUUGUCCAGUGACCAAUUGUGAUUGUGUUGGUGAUUGCACAAUGAAUUUAGUAAAACCUGAUGUUAAACCCACCACUAAGGAAGUGAAUAUGGCCCCCGAUAUUCCACCAAUUCCAGAGAAGGAACGACCAUUCAAAUGUGAUCGGUGCACUAAGACAUUUUUAUUGAAGCACCAUUUAACUACACACGAGAAGACUCACACUGGCGCAAGGCCACAUGUCUGCAGCCAUUGCGGAAAAAGCUUUACACAUAAGUAUUGUUUGAACACCCACUUGCUGUUGCACUCUAAUGAAAGACCCUAUGAGUGUUUGCAGUGUAAAAAGAGAUUUACUUUAAAACAUCAUUUAAUUAGCCAUGAAAGGGUACACAUAAGAGAAAAACCAUUCUUAUGUGGUGAGUGUGGCAAAAGUUUCCCUCUAAAAAAGCAACUAAUAACACAUGAAAAAUUUCACAGAGGGGAAAGACCUUACAUUUGUAAAGAGUGUGGGGAUACAUUUGCGCAAGAGAAUCAUCUAGUUAUGCAUCUCCGUUUUCAUGGCUCCUUGAAUUCUUUUGCUUGUUCACAAUGUGGCGCAACUUUUACAAGGAAAUUUGAAUUAGUUAAUCAUGAACGUAUUCAUGGCAAGGAACCAAUGUCCUGUCCCACCUGCAGUAAAGAGUUUUUGCAGAAAAGGACCCUUAUUGCCCAUAUUAAAUUACAUGACACUCAGCUUGCGUUGACUUGCCUUCAUUGCGGAGAUCAUUUUCAAGAUGAAAAAAGACUACUACAACAUCAGUCUGCGGUUCAUUCCUACGAGGAAAAACCCAUGAAUAGUAGAAUCGGUUAUGAACAGAAACCCGCAAAUGAUCAAAGCUGUAAUAGCAAAUCCAACUUAAAAAACUUAUCAAAACCAGCAAAAAACAAGAAAUUUUUCUGUGAUAUUUGUUUCCGCAAGUUUAGCUCAAAGCAUGGUCUCACUCAACACAAGAAAAGACAACAUGGCAGUGGAAGUUGUCAGAAUUUCGUGUGCACAUUUUGCAAUAAGUCCUUUACAGAAAAAAAUGAUCUGGUCCUGCACUCGAGGCAGCAUGGCUCUAUUUACCCUAGUCAAGUAGUUAAUACUUUUGGUUAGUAUUAACAUCUCAUUUGAGAAUCGUUUUUGUGAUAUAUUUUGUACAGUGUAGAUAUGUUUUAAGCGCCAACAGUUAUUUAAUAAAAAUUCGUGCUGUUU